UCUUGGUGUCUGUCAGCCUAACCCCUGUGCAUAUGCCGGGACAUGUCUGGAUCGUGCCGGCGAGUUUGUCUGUGUUUGCCGUUCUCCGUUAAAGGGAAAGAGCUGCAGCAUCAUUUGUAGCGUGGACGAUCCCAUCUUCACGUAUGAUAAAUACCGCUGGGGGCUGCCCCGGCUGACGCGACCACCCUUCAUGUUUGAAGUAAAGGCCGAACGUGACGUCCACGUGGCGCUGUCCUCUCGCCAGGACCAGGACUUGGACGAGAUAUACGAAAUUGUCAUCGGUGGCUGGGAUAACAUGCGAUCUGUCAUUCGCCGCAGCAGGCAAGGCUACAACCAUGUUGAUGUCCAAACACCCAAUAUCGUCUCCAAGACUGAGUACAGAACCUUCUGGAUAAUGUGGUCCUCAGACGGAACCAUUGCAGUUGGCAGGGGUGAUGAGAACUUGCCGUUUAUGCUGUGGAGGGACCCUGACCCACUGCCCAUCAACUAUGCUGGACUCAAAUCCGACUGGAGAAAUGUUGACCGAAAGGUUGGACAGUGGAAACUAUGCCGCACCGCUAGGCCUGACGAUGCUGAAUGCCUUGUGGAGCCGGCCAUGCGGCAUGAGUGUGGUUGGGCGGGGAUCACCUCUGACCAGUGCCGUUCGAAGGGGUGCUGCUACAAUACCGCUACUACACGCCCAGAAAUACCGUGGUGCUUCCACAGGGCUAAGAAAGGUGGGCUGUAUUCUGAACAGAGGUCGGGCUACAGGGCUGCAGGAAAGCAUGUUAAAGCACACUAA